AUGGUGCUCCAAGCCAUCCGCUAUCAGCCUGGCCGGCUCCAAAUCCUCGACCAGCUGAAGCUGCCCCAUCAAGAAGUGUACGAUGAGAUCCGCAACGCACAGGACGGAUGGCAUGCUAUCAAGGACAUGCGCACACGUGGUGCUCCGGCCAUUGCAAUUGUCGCAGCCUUGUCGCUAGCCGUCGAACUUCAGAACAACGCGCUGUCCGACAGGGCGGAGGAGGUGGCGGCAUUUAUCGUCGAGAAGCUCGAUUACUUGGUCACGAGUCGGCCGACGGCAGUCAAUCUUGCCGAUGCAGCGAGGAAGUUGAAGCAAGUCGUGUCGGCGGUGUCAAGCGUCAAUGGUUGUGGAGGUGCUGCGGUGCGGCAGGCGUAUUGCGAUGCCGCUGCACGCAUGCUGAUCGAUGACGUGGCUGACAAUGAGGCUAUCGGGAGAUACGGGGCGGAAUGGAUCAUCAAAACUGCCGGGAAUGGAGGAGGACUGAGUGUCGUGACACAUUGCAAUACAGGCUCUCUGGCCACGGCUGGCUACGGGACCGCCCUGGGGGUGAUUCGGUCACUUCACGCCAUGGGUGAGCUCAAGCGAGCCUUCUGCACCGAGACACGCCCCUACAACCAAGGAUCUCGAUUGACUGCCUUUGAGUUGGUGCACGACAAGAUCCCCGCAACGCUGGUCACCGACUCCAUGGUCUCCGCCCUGCUCCGACUGAAAGGUCCUUCGGAGCGCAUUGCAGCCAUUGUCGUCGGCGCAGACCGCGUGGCCGCAAACGGAGACACGGCCAACAAAAUCGGCACGUACCAGUUGGCCAUUGUCGCAAAAGCGCAUGGUCUAAGUUUUCUGGUUGCCGCGCCGAGAACAACGAUCGAUUUGCAGACCAAGUCAGGCGCGGACAUUGUGAUCGAGGAACGAGCGCCCCAGGAGAUGACGCGUGUGAAAGGGCCGAGGUUUGAUGGAGUGGAUCUGGACCUGAGUCGCACGGAAACGGUCAGUAUCGCUGCGACUGGAAUCGAUGUGUGGAAUCCGGCGUUCGACGUGACACCGGCGAACUUGAUCGAUGGAAUCAUCACAGAGGUGGGCGUAGUAGAGAAGAACAAAAACGGAAUGUUCGAUUUGGCCGCGAUCAUGCCUCCUCAAGAAACCAUCAAGCCAGCGUCGGUGGGUGAUGUGUGA